AUGCAGGGAAGCGGCGGCGGCGAGCGCGGAGCUCUCUCCCCGCGCUUCCCCGGCGACCCCCCCCCGGCGGCGGAGCGGCAGCCCCCUCCUCAUCCCGGGGCCAUGAGCCGAGUGCCGAGACCCCCGGGGGCGGCGGGGGGGCGGCCCCGGUGCCGCAGCCCCCCCGUCAGGCGCCCGGUGCCGCUGUCCGGGCAGGGCAAGGACAAGGAGAGGAUGAAGGAGGCCAAGGAGAAGGACGCGCGGUACACCAACGGGCACCUCUUCACCACCAUCUCCGUGUCGGGCAUGACCAUGUGCUUCGCCUGCAACAAGAGCAUCACGGCCAAGGAAGCGCUGGUGUGCCCCACACCGACCCCCCGCUGUCCCCAACCCCCAGAUGCCAUCCGGGAGCGCCCCAAUUCCGCCAUCUACCCCUCGGAGAGCUUCCGGCAGACGCUGCUGGGGCCCCGCCGUGGCCGCCCCUCCUUGUCCCUCUCCAAGAGCGUCUCCACCACCAACAUCUCGGGGACGUUCAACGACGACUCUCCCCUGGGAAUCCGGCGGAUCCUGUCCCAGUCCACGGAUUCCCUCAACAUGCGCAACCGCACGCUCUCGGUGGAGUCGCUGAUCGACGAAGGCCCCGACGUCAUCCUGAGCCAGCUGCUGAGCGACCUGGAGGCGGAUGGGAAGGAGUUCGAGGCGGAUUCCUGGAGCCUGGCGGUGGAUAACAGCUUCCUGCAGCAGCACCGCAUGGACGUCAUGAAACGGCAGGACGUCAUCUACGAGCUGAUGCAGACGGAGCUGCACCACGUGCGGACGCUGAAGAUCAUGGGCGCCCUGUUCCGCAGGGCGAUGCUGGAGGAGCUGCAGCUGGACCCCGGCACCGUGCAGCGCAUCUUCCCCUGCCUCGACGAGCUCAGCCACAUCCACGAGCGCUUCCUGGCCCAGCUGCUGGAGCGGCGCCGCGAGUCGCUGGCCCAGGACAGCAACAAGAACUUCGUCAUCGACCGCCUCGGGGACAUCCUCGUCACACAGGUGGGCAGCGCGGGAUCGGGGGGUGGGGGUGUUUGUGAGGGUCCCGGGGGUUUGUGA